AUGGGCCCGUCGGGCCCGACUCGCCGCCUCCCGCCGCAGCCGCAGCCGCCUCACCAGGACGUGCAUCGCGCGCAGACGGUGCCGGGCUCGGCUCACGACCAGGACUGGGCCUUCCGCCCGCCGGUCGAGACCGUCCUCGACCACCUCGACGUCUUCUUCCCCGAGCACGACCUCGACAAGCCCGUGUUCGACGCGCCGACGCCGGGUCCGGGCACGCCGCCGACCAGCUCGUCGUCGCCCAUUCGCGACGUCCCGCCGCCGUCCUCGGCGGUGACGCCGAGCACGCUCGCGUCUCGGCGAGCUGCGCAUCUCGGCUACCGCAAGUCGAUCCGCGUCGUCGCGCAGGACCGCAAGCGCAUGCUGCAGAAGGCGGGCACCAACGUGGCGAGGGCGGCGUCGGGCCUCGCGAGCAACCUGCUGCGUCGCAAGAGCACCAAGCUGUUCGGCGCGAGGAUCGAGGAGGUGACGAGCGCCCAGAUGAAGCAGAUCGGCGCCAUCAAGCAGGCGAGCGACGAGGACCCGGAAAACUUCUCGUACAAGUGGAUCAAGGGCGACCUGAUCGGGCGAGGGACGUACGGCCACGUUUACAUCGCGCUCAGCGUCACGACGGGCGAGACGAUCGCUGUCAAGCAGGUCGAGAUGCCGCGCUCGUUCUCGGACAAGGAGGACCAGCGCACCAAGGGCAUGAUCUCGAGCCUCAAGGCCGAGAUCGAGCUCCUCAAGGACCUCGACCACCCCAACAUCGUCCUGUACCUCGGCAUGGAGCAGACGCCCGAGUUUCUCUCGAUCUUCCUCGAGUACGUGCCCGGUGGAUCUAUCGGCCGCAUCAUCCGCACCCAUGGCAAGUUCGAGGAAAACGUCAUCAAGUUCUUCACGCUCCAGAUCCUCGACGGCCUCGAGUACCUGCACUCGCUCGGCAUCCUCCACCGCGACAUGAAGGCGGACAACAUCCUCAUCGACCAGGACGGCAUGUGCAAGAUCUCGGACUUUGGCACGUCGAAGAAGAGCGGCGACAUCUACCAGAACAACGAGAACAUGAGCAUGCAGGGCUCGAUCUUCUGGAUGGCGCCCGAGGUCAUCCACAACAACAAGCAGGGCUACUCGGCCAAGGCCGACAUCUGGUCGCUCGGGUGCAUCUGCAUUGAAAUGCUCGCCGGCUCGCGGCCGUGGGAGGGCGAGGGCUUCAUGAGCGCCAUGUUCAAGCUUGGCGCCGAGCGCAUGCGUCCGCCGCUGCCGCACGACGUGCAGAUCUCGUACGAGGCCGAGCAGUUUGUGAGCGCGUGCCUGCAGAUCGAGGCCGACGCUCGCCCGACCGCUGUCGAGGCCAAGCACGACCCUUUCCUCAUCUCGCUCGACCCGAGCUGGAAAUUCACCUCGACGAGCUUGUGGCGGUGCGUCUCUCUUCCGCUGUCCUUGGUCGCGGCGCAUCCUCAUUGA